AGGUGUGAGCAGGAUGAAGUGGGAGUGAAAAUCAAGAGGCAGGAUCUCGAUACACCUCCUUCUCUGUUAAAUGUUUGAAACAUGGAUAAGUGCGCUCCAGUUUCUCCUCACCUGUAGCACCGGGAGCUUUUUAAACACCAGGACUGAAACUGUACUUCAUUAACAUCUGUCAGCGGCAGACAGUGUGCCAGGAAGAUGCAGCCACAACUGUGCUGACCAACAACAACACCCAAACAAGUCACAACACUGGACGGCUGACAGCUCAGUAGCUGCAGCCUGGAUGUGAGAGUGGGUCAGCGUGUGAGUUUGUAACCCUGCUUAAGUGUGCGAUGUGUGGACCUGUGCUGAGUCUGUGUCUGCUGCUCUGGAUAGGAGGGAUGGCAGUUCACAGGACACAUGGUCUGGUCACAGCUCCCGCCAGUCUAACAGUCGAGGUCGGUGUUCCCCUCACGCUCAGCUGCGACAUCACCCUGAACCCUGGUGAAACAGUACGGCAGGUCCGCUGGGUCAACAAGCACAAGAAGGUCCUGCUGGCGUAUGAGCCAAGUGUGCCGGUGCGUGUCAGCAUCCAGGACCCCGGCGUGCAGCUCACCAGCUCCGGCAAUGACGCCUCCAGCAUCACCAUCGGGAGGGUGGGGCCUAGUCAUGAGGGAUGCUACCACUGCGCGUUUGACGUCUUCCCCACCGGCUCAGAGGACGCCAGGACGUGUGUGAGCGUCACUGGUAAAGUCCGCCACGAGGGCAACAAGACGGCUGUGCACGGGAAGUCCGCCACCCUCUCCUGCUGGUACAGCCUCCCUGAGAAGGUGCACCAGGUGCUGUGGAAGAAGACGGCCGAGCAGGGCGACACCACGACCGUCGCCUAUCACGCCAGGAGGAGCAUCCACAGUGUGGUGGGGCAGUUUCAGGGUCGGGUUAGUUUGACUGGGACUUUUGGGGACUCUCAGCUGACCAUCCAGGAGGUGAAGACGGAGGAUGAGGCGUGCUACACCUGUGACUUUCACACGUAUCCAGAGGGGACCAAGAGCUCCACCACCUGCCUCUCUGUGUAUGUUUUACCCAAACCAGAGGUGAGCCACGUGACCUCGUCCUCAGGAUUCACUGAAGCCAACUGCUCGGCUCAGUCCCGGCCAGCCGCAGAGAUCACAUGGGACGUCGGCGGGGAAAACAAAACCCUCGGGCCGCCCGUGUCUUCUUCUACAGAGCAGGGCGACGGCACGACGGUCGUGACGAGCACGCUGCAGUUCCAACCUGGGCUGCUCAGCGAUUGGUCCGUCAAGUGCAUCGUGCAUCAUCCGGGUCUGGAGAAACCUCAGACAAUUUUCCUGAACACAAAUGUGGGUCCUGCCAUGGUCAUCCUCCUCUCAGUGUGCGGUGUGGUCGCCAUCCUCCUCCUCUGCCUGUGUGUGUGUCUCUGCAAGUGCUUCAUCUGUACAGACGACUGAUUUGGAGGCCGGCGUCGCUGCUGCUGCUUUGAUACAAGUCCAGCCGAGCCCAGAGCCUGACCUAGCUGCUCAGCCCCGUGCCCUCCAGCUCAGCGUGCAGCCGGAGGGAACAGAGCUUUCACAGAGCCGAGCCAACCCUGCAGGUUCUGCUCCCACAAACUGUGACGACACAACAAGUGCAAACACGGACUUCUCUUGUCUUUUUCCCACAAAGUAAACAGAACUAAAACCAGAUUACUUCAUGACACAGAUAACACUAGGUUCUUGAUUAUUGAUGAUGUCUUUGUUGUACAUCUGCAUUCACUUUAUUCACACAGCGGCUGUUUUUCCUCCAUCACUCUCAUCAGGAAAGCUCUGAUGCUGUUCUUCUGUUGUGUUUUACAUACAUAGUCACUUAAACUUAGGAGAUCUGACACUUUGGAUUUACAUUUUCUUGAAUGAGACUGGUUGCAUAUUUAGACGUAUAAUUAUCACAGAAAGUUGCGUCACCUACAACCCUUUUUUUGUGGUUUUCAAACAGAGACAGAGAUAUAUCUGAGUAGACCUUCAAGUAACGGUAUAUUUAAAACCAAGGAUUGAGGCUGAAAUCAGACUUUUAAGUGACCCCGCCCGGCUCUGACUCAGACGUAAAGUAUGCUCCUGGUGGGAGAGACUGAAAGGUUUAUUAUUUAUAGCUGCUGCGUUGUCGGUGGUCAACCUGUAACCUCCGUGUCACGGGUGGAUCACACCGCCCAAACUGUUCCUGCGUGGAUGAGACGGCAAAUGUAUGUGUGUGGAAAUCUGGAGCGUGUCCAUACGUGUGGGUGCGUUUGUUUGCAUCUAAAACUGAAGGGGAUGUCAGUGUUAAAGUAGUGUUAGAAAAUAUUAAUGUAGGCCUUCUGGCUUUGUACAGUGUAUUUAAACUCUUAGAAAAUCUUCUAUUCUAUUAACAAUGUAUCACAAAUGUUAAACUAAACUCAUCUACUAUUCUACAAAGUCAGAUAUCUGUAUAUGAAGACUAUUACGUUACUAUUAUGUUUACAUGUCAUUAAAUGCCUUUAUUAAAGUCAAAAACAAGCUG